UUCAAAUAGGCGCAGAGGUUGAGAUUUUGUCUACUGAUGACGAAAUAUGGUAUCCAGGAAAGGUUGUUGAUCUUAAACUGUGUGAAGGACUAGAGGAGCUGACAGUUGAGUACACGACACUCUUCACAUACCAACAUAAUAGACUUCAGAAACUUCAGGAUACUAUCACGGCUGACAAAAUACGUCCUGCAACACCAACUAGUGACCAAAAAUCCUUUGAGAUGAUGGAUAAGGUAGAAGCCUUUUACAACAAUGGCUGGAGCAGCGGACAAAUUAGCAUGGUACUUGGUGAUAACACAUACUCGGUGUGUCUCUAUACUUCUAUGGAAACUAUUCUAUUCAAACAUUCAGAUUUGCGAAUUCAUAGAGAAUGGAAAGAUGGAGUCUGGAAGAUGGCAGAUAAGGUGAAGCCUGAUAAGAAAAGGAAAGCUGCUGCCUCAUCACAAAAUUCAGGAAUGGAUAAUGUUUUCCUAAGAAGGAGCGAGAGGGUGACUAAACGAUCUAGAGACACAAAAACUCCAUUCAAGUCUGACAGAAAUCCGGCUUUAACUGUAAUACCUGAGAUUAUACCUGCAGUUGAUCCGUUUUCAACUCCUGCGGAACAUAAGCUUUCAAGGCUUCAAAAUUGGAUGACAUUAAAGCCCGGCAUGCAUGAAACGUCCCUAUCAAUCAAUGAUAAUAAGAUAAGGAAAUCUUUCUUUCAAAGCAUGGAAAAUGCAAAAAAUGACCUUAAGAAAGAGGUAAUUUGUUUACAUAUGUUCUUGCCUUGAGCUUUUUUUUUAAAAAAAAAUUCAGGAAGGAUUUGUUUAGUUUCAGGAAUUGAUAUUCCUCAAGUGAAAAAGUUGGCAGGUAUGUAUAAACAAUUUGUAUUUGAUGUAUUCAACUGUUUCUUGGUUUGAAAUAUUCAACUGAUUCUAUCUUGAUAUUGAUUUUUAAAUAUGACAGUGUUGAUUACUAAUCUGCUGGUGGAAUCUUCUGGUGAUGAGGUAGAUAAAGUGAAGAUGAUUCCAUUUGAGAUUGAGCAGGCACAAGGUUUACCCAAGACAAAACAUCCUUUCAACUGUGGGAUAUUUCUUGUCAAGAUUCUGGAGUGCCAGUCAUUGAAGAUAGGAGACAUGACAAAGAUUAAUGAUGACAAUGCGUUGGAGCUAAGGAGAACCUUGUCUUGUGAGAUAUUCAACCAAUUUGUGGAUGAGAGCUUUGGGAAAUGAGAAUGAUGCAUGAAAACAUUUUUUGUUUUAGUUAAGACUCGGUUUUAGUUAUGACUGUUUAUUUUGUUAUGUUGUUGGCGUCUGGUUACAUAAGAAAGAUUGGAAGGAUAUCAAGUAUUUUUUUUGGGUAUCAUAUAUCUUGGAAGGUUAAAAUAAUGUUUCUGGAUGGGUUUCCAGAAAAAAAGUUAAGUGUUUCAAAUGUAAAAAAGAAUGAAAUGAGAUUAUAUACUAAGGAUUGGACAUGUAUAUGGUAAGCUUAAAAUUGUGAUGUUUACAGACAACAAAAAUUUAGAACCACAAAGGAUCGAACCCAGAGGGAGAGAGUUUGCGUAUUUGGAUAGUGUGGGAGUUUAGCCACUAGGCCAAGAAGAAUCAUCUGUUAAUGGAUUACAUUUAAUUUUAUUUAACUCCAAACUGUAACACAAAAAAAAUUAAAAUUGAUUUUGAAUCCACCACAUAUCGAACCCGGGGAUAGAGAGACUUUUGAGUUAUGAAAUGCCUUGGUUUAACCGCUGGUCUGAGGAGAAUCAUCUGUUAAAGAAUAUUACAUAAGCAUACUUAAACCAAUUAAUAUAGGAUAGGUUUCCAAAACAAUACAUUUCGAUUGAAAAAAGACAAAACUCUUGCCGUCUCAACACUCUCGCCGUUUCAAACUUCUCGAAUCUCACUCGUCUCCGCCUCUCGAAUCUCUCUCUCAUCUCCAUAUCUCUCGAUCUCCGACGAAAACCCAUCUCCAGAACUCUCUCUCUCUCUCGAUCUUUUACGCGAGCUCUCUCUAUUCUCCGAGAAAAACCAUUUCUAGAGCUCUAUCUCUUUAAGGUAUGUUGCAGAUUCAACCUUAUGUGUGUUUUCUUUCUGAGAGAUUGGUCUCCUGGUUUUUGCUUGUGUAUAGACUUGCUCGUUUUAACCUAAUAUGAUUGGUAGAAUUCUAGUUCAUGUGAAAGCAUGUGUAUAGACUCAGGAAGGAUUUGUAUUGUUUCAGGAAACCCUUCCUGAAAAUUGGAUUUUAAUUAAUUUAGACAAAUAAAAUUUUUCUUGUUUACGCAGGAUAGAAACAAGAUGGGAGAUCCAUUACCAUUAAGACUAGCACUGCCUGAGCUGAGGUAUCCGAUUGGAUCAGAGCCAGAGAAGACGAUAUCGAUAAACCAACACUCGAUAGUUGCUUAUAUCAAAACUGUUAAGGAAAUUCUAGGAAAUGAUGAGUUCAACAGAAUAAGAGGGACGUUUUUGGGACCGGUGAUCAAGCUUGGAGAGAGGUCUUUGAAAUUAUCAGCUAAGAUAGUGCACGCAGUUCUCACCAAAAGCAUCAAGACAGUGAAGAGACACGAAGCAUGGUUCCAUUUUGGUGCUCAGCCAAUGAGGUUCUCUAUAAGAGAAUUCCACAUGGUGACUGGUUUGAAAUGUAGUGGUGAAGCAAGAGAACCACGAGAGGAAACCGAGAAAUUUAAGUGGGACUUCCUAAAAGGGCGUACUCAUACAGUAAAGGACGUGGAGAAGCAGCUCAGAAACACAAGAGAAGAUGCUUCUGAUGAGAGAUUCUGCCUUGCAAUGCUCCUCCUGAUUGAGAGCAUACUACUACAGAAGAGCCUUCUCGACGGUGGCACAACUUUUACUUUGGAUUAUGUGAAAAUAGCGCAGGAUAUGGAUGUCUUGAUGACAUACCCAUGGGGGAGAACAGCUUAUAAUUUGCUGUUAAAAUCACUUCAGAGAGCUGUCGACAAAAGCCUCGACAAAAACAAUUAUGAUUUGCAAGGAUUCCCUAUGGCAUUUCUUAUAUGGAUACUUGAGUCAGUACCUUUGCUACAGUAUGCAUUCAGUCAAGUUGUUCCUAUUCUGAGCGUUCAACCGUCUACCCCAAUAUUUUUGUGUGAGAAGUACCUUCAAAUAGCUUCUCCACAGCUGAUAGAUGUUCUCCUAAUUGAAAUCAAAGAUCAUGUAAGUUUUUACAUUAUUUUUUUCUUGUUUCUGUUUUGCCUUAUGAUUCUCCAUUUAAAAGCUAAUUAUUUUUAUGGUUUCAGCUUAAGGUCACAUGCAUCCUACCUCCUAUUUCUAAUGAUCCAGAAGCUGAUGUUUGCAUGGAAGACGAAGCUAAUAAAGAUCUGGAUGACAUGGCCGAUUUAUCCAAGAGAGGUUAUAAGUUUAAAAUUAGAGAUUGGCGAAACAUGUCAGUAGACCUAUACGGUGCUAAUGAACAAAUAAGAAGAGCA